AUAUUUAUGUCUAAUAUGGAUAUAUCCAUUAAUUUCUCACAGUGGUCAUCCUAUGAAGCAACAAGGCAUCCAGGGUGCAAAAAUAAUGCAAUUGUAUCAACCAAGUAUAGAGCCCGUGUUCAUGAUAAUAUAUCAAUAAAUGAAACUUCAUACAUGUGUGAAGUUUUAACACGUUUAUUUGAUACAUCCAUGAACGGGCUACCUAUAAACUGCGAAGCUUGGGAUGUAUGGCGACAAUAUGUUAUUUCAAUAAAUAAGGUUUAA